CUUGAAGAUCUCAUACCCUAAAUCCCUCUAUUGCUGUUGCCCUUCUGCCUUUCUUAUUCUUCUGCCCUCACUUUCAUUCUUCAAGAUUCAAGAAUCUUAGAUCCUAAAUCUCAAACCCUCCAUUGCUGCCUACUGAUUUGCUACUGGAGCUGUUGUCGGAGCCACACUACUGCUAGAUUGGACUGCUAUACAUUGCUGCUGGGUACUGCUAGUGCUGCUGCUAGACACUUUUGUUGGGUGCUGCUGCUACUGCAUGCUACUGCUGAGUGCUGCUGCUGCACACUGCUGUUGGCUGCUACCGAAUCCAUCUGAUCUCCUGGGAAUCCCGUUCCGUGCGAGUAACGGAAGGAGGAGCAAAAUCUGCCCUUCUCAAAAAUCUCCGCGGGAAAUGACGGGAAAUGGGAAGGGAUUUCUCAGCCUCGCGAAAGCCGUCGCUAUUCCUAGACUGCAGACUAAUGAGUGUCUAUAUAAAAUAGGUAGCUUUGGGUGAGAAUUUUAUUGUAUUUACAAAAAAAUUGGACAUAUUAUUGGAACCAUGAUUACAUAGAUUAAGAUAUCUCAAAGGGGUAGAUGAUGAAGAUAUGUUUGUUGUAUUGUUUUAUAAUUAAUUUAUAUUAAAAAU